UGCUUCAUUGUGUCGGAAAGGGCGGAUUGGACCGUUAUUAAACUUAAACAACGAACGAACGAAAUUGUGAUUGUGUUGUGAUAUAGGUUUUGAACAUUUUUAAUAUUAUGAUAAUUGAAUAAAUUAAAACUGCUUAAUUACCAAUGUGCCUUUUAGAUAAUAGUAAUGCCUAUGUAAUUACGUUGUAGGAUUAUAUCACAGGAAUUCCACUGUGUAUAUAACCAAUUAUUUUGAGAGGAAAGACGUUGUCAAGUUCUAUUUUAUACAAUGAAUAGAUAAAAGUAUUUGUCCGUCUGCUUGUCUAUUUGUCGGAAAUUAAAUAAAGGUUGAAGAGAGAUGGCUGAAAAGGAUGAUAUUGCAAACAAUCCAUUUGCAGCUUUAUUCCCCAGUCUUGACCAAGCUCGGCUUUUUGUUGCAAAUAAACAACUUGCUCAAAAAGAAAAUGCUGCAAUAUCUACCAAGCCUACAGGGAGUAUUGAGGAUCAUUGUACUGACAUAAAGGAACUCUCCCAACUGAAGAUACAAAUCAGUGAUCUACUUGAACAACCUACAGGGAGUAUUGAGGAUCAUAGUACUGACAUAAAGGAACUCUCCCAACUGAAGAUACAAAUCAGUGAUCUACUGGAACAACCUACAGGGAGUAUUGAGGAUCAUAGUACUGACAUAAAGGAACUCUCCCAACUGAAGAACCAAAUCAGUGAUCUCCUGGAACAAGUCUUCCUUAUCACCCUUUACAAUGAGACGGAAGAGUAUUCCUCUCGGCCUGCUCGCUGUGUGUACAUGUCGGGUCUAGCAGACACCUUAGUUGGGCAAACAUGGUUAGACUUAGAAUGUCUGGAUCUGGCUGUGUUUGAGCGUUUAUUGCUGGAGAACCCUGGUGCAGAGGUUAUAUCCACCAGAAAAUGUCAGAAAAGACCUACCGAGGCAUCUCUAGCGGGAGAGUCACAGGUCCUGAGAUAUCUGUACCAGUGUUUCGAAAGAUGUUGCAACCUUAAGGCAGAUAAUCAGAAUGCAAAGUUUGCAGACGUUCUACAGAGAAGUAUUGAAGUGAUUUUGUUGAAUGCUAAAACAUGUAUGCAACAGGCAGAACUGUACCCGAGUCAAGUGUUAUACCAGCAGUUUAUAGAUCUUUACAUGGAGAACAACCAUUUUCUAUCUGACAACAGCCUGGUGAAGGAAUUCUUCACUCGUACAGCAGCAGAGAUUCACACUCACUCCGAGGAUGGUACCCUGCUCCAGGUUUUCACACCUGUCCUGGAUGUUAUCAAAAGCAAGUUCCAAAAUGAACUGACACUGAUGCAUCCUGCUGUUAGCAGAUAUAUAGAUCUACUCAUGUUCUUCUCAAAUAGUGUUCCACUAGCAGAGACAUUUAUGGAAUACACGACUCCAGAGAAGAUAACGAAAGAAAAGGAUUUUGAGUUUACAUUGCUUGGUUCUGUUCUUGGUUUGAGUUGUAUUCCAGAAAUCAAUAAACCCAUUGAUCUGUUCAACAACCCAUCCAGUACCUCCAAACAAGGACAUGAUAUUACAGAGAGAGAUAUUUGGCAGCAAUUAUCAGAGAUCAGCCUGGGAGUAUAUCAGCUGCUGUUCAACAUAAUAAAAUUAUCACCUCUACUUAAACAUAAAGUUCUCAGAUGGCUGGGCAAAUGUCUUGCUGAAAACUCAGGGAGAACAAAGAUCUGGUCGACACAUGCUCCACAAGUAUUAACACAGCUCCAUGUGAGUGAUGGCUUCAGUUUGAACCUCUGCUGUGUCAUGCUGAAACUAUGCCAACCUUUCUCAGAAGCAUGCUCACAGAAACUGCUCAAGAUACAGCCGAGCUACGUACGAGCCGUAGCCUCAGAUGAGAAUGACUCAAGACAGAGAAAUAUUCAUGCUGAAGAAUUGAUCAAGGAGACGUGCCUGAUCCCGCUCGAGGAGAACAUAUCUCUGACAGAAGAGGAGAGCUACAGUUUCAUCACAGAGUGUUUCUUCCUAUGCCAUCAAGCCAUUAAUCAGGGAUUCCAUGUUAUACAUGGGAUGUUCCUGAAGCUUAAUCAGAAAUUACAUCGUAUACAACGGGAUUAUCAGGACAUGAGACAGCGGUAUCCCAAUGACGAUGUGGAGCCAAUGAGAAAAGCCAAACUACAGAUGGAAGAAGGAAUGAAAUUGUUCCUGUGUAUCAAAGCAGCAUUGACUGAGCCUCAUAUGUUAGAAAUGUCAAUGAACUUCCACAUAGCAACUGCCACCUGGUUGGUCCAGGUUGCUAGGGUGAAUGAGGUCACAAAAUUUGAACCAGUCACAUUCCCUCUACCAGAAGAGGUGCCCACAGCACUUGGCUGUAUGCCAGAAUUUAUCGUGAGCAAUGUAACCGACUUCACAAUGUUUCUUCAUAGAUUUAAACAUGAGAUGUUUGAGUCUGGAGGAAGAGAUCUGACACAUUUUAUGACAUUGAUCCUGGUGUUUAUGGGCAACCCUGAACGUAUGAAGAACCCACAUUUGCGAGCAGAGCUAGCAGAAACCCUUGCAGCAUUGAUGCCUCAAAAUUCUAAUGUGAUUAAUGGCAGUAAAGCAGAGUUUGCAAAUCUUCAUCUAGAACAAUUGUUUGCAAACCAUCCUCUGAUUGACCACUUAGCAGAAAAGUUGAUCCACGUUUUCGUGAGCAUAGAAAUGACAGGACAGAGUGUGGACUUUGAACAGAAGUUUAACUACCGACAACCAAUGUAUCAGGUGCUGCACUAUAUCUGGGGAAAAGAAAUUCAUCGAAACUCUUUCAAGGGAUUGGCUGAUUCUGCAGAAGAGAAUAUAGAGAACAAAGACCCUCCACUAUUCCUCAGAUUUAUCAACCUUCUUAUCAAUGAUGCCAUCUUCUUACUCGAUGAAGCAUUAAAUUUUAUGAAGGAACUGAAGGAAAAGCAAGCUGAGAAAGACGGGGAGGCCUGGCAGGGUAUGGACCCCAACCAACAGCUAGAGCUGGAAGACAACAUAAGGCAGCUGGGUAUGAUGGCACGCUACCGUAAUGUGAUGGGAAACAUGACCAUUCUAAGUCUGGAAAUGAUCACUCGGGAAAACCAAACAAUCUUCUGUCAUGAAAAGAUAGUAGACCGGAUAGCAGCCAUGUUGAACUAUUUCCUCUUGCGUUUGGUUGGACCAAGACAGAAAGAUUUUAAAGUGAAGGACAAAAAUGAAUUUGAAUUCAAACCAGGACAGUUAGUGUCUGAUAUAACAAAAAUAUAUCUCAAUCUAAGUAAAAAAGAAGGGUUCUGUGAAGCUGUGUGCGGGGAUGGACGGUCAUACUCAGAAAAAUUGUUCCAGCAGGCCAUUGAUGUACUUCUGAAAAUUGGCAGUACGCCUGUACUAAUCAGUGACUUUGAAAGACUUCGUGUAAACAUUUGUGAAGUAGGUCGAGCACAGCAAGAAGAGGAAGAGCUUCUAGCUGACCCUCCGGAAGAAUUUACUGAUCCCAUCAUGGGAACUCUGAUGAAAGACCCGGUAAAACUUCCAACAUCAGGAAAUAUUGUUGACAGAGCUAUCAUAUCAAGGCACAUUCUCAGUGACCAGAUGGAUCCCUUCAACAGACAGCCACUUACAUUAGACAUGGUGGUACCAGUAGACGAUUUAAGAGAGAGAAUACAUGCCUGGAUAAAGGAACAGAAAUCAGAAAGAUCAUCUUGAUAUUUACAGAAUAGAUUUAUACACAUUCUUACACAGAGUUUUAUUUAAAAAAAAAGUGAAUACCGAUUUAUAGAGUGAGGAUAGGGCUAUAUAAGGAUUUCACGGAAUCAGAAGUGAAUAACAAUUCACAUACACAGGAUUGGGCUCAAAGGAACAAGCUGUGUUAUUUGUAUUCAGCAUCUGCUAAUUUUGUAUUUUCAAUCAUGAUAUAUAUUUUACCAUUAUUAGCAUGCAUGAAAUGCACAAGGGUAAUAAUGGGUCACUCUGUAGACACUGAAUCAUUCCAUAUUUGUGCCUCGCUAUAUAUUUCUUUUUAAGCUUUUUUUGUUAAAAAGGGUGUUUCUUGUGGCAUUGUUAUACAUUAUUACUUCUUCUAGUUGGGGCUUCAGUAGCAGAGAAGAUAAAGUCACUGACUUCAGGUCAUUUGCUGCUCCCUGUUGUGGGUUUGAAACCUUGUAUGGGUUGUAGAAUCUUCAUUUUGAGGAAGCCAUACCGUUGGCUUACGGAACGUUGGAGGUUCUACCAAGAUGCCAGCUUGUGCCUGGGGUCUAUCUACACGGCUGGAAAUUUGCUGUGUGACCUAAAGUUGUGUCCAUUUGAUGUUAAACCAAACAACAGAAAAAAUACUUCUUCCAGUGGAUAAAUUUCAGAUACAUUUGCACAGUUUUCUUUUAGUUUGUCAUUAUUUCAUCUAUAUUUGUAUGAAUAUUUGCAAAACACUGCUAGUUCAAGUGACUCCCUGCUGUGUAAGAAACUGGAGCUAUAUAUGUCCUGUGGCAAAAUAUGCUGUUAUUUUCCUGUAGAUUUACGUCACAUUUUUGUGCCCCCCCGCUUGAGUGAUGGGGGCAUAUAGAUUUGGUCUUGUCCAUGCAUCCGUCCGAAGUUUGUGACACGCCUAGCUCGAAAAGUAUUUAAUAUAAAUUGAUGAAACCUUGCAUGAGUCUUUAUCAUGAUAUGAACUUGUGCACCUCCUAUUUUUCGUCUGGCUCCGCCCCCUAUUUUUAGAGUUAUGGCCCCUGAAAUAGUCAAAAAUGCACAUUUUUACCUUGUGACACGCUUAGCUCAAAAAGUAUUUGAUAUAGAUUCAUGAAACCUUGCAUGAGUCUUAAUCAUGAUAUGAACUUGCGCACCUCCUAUUUUUCAUCUGGCUCCGCCCCCUAUUUUCAGAGUUAUGGCCCCUGAAAUAGUCAAAAAUGCACAUUUUCACCUUGUGACACGCCUAGCUCAAAAAGUAUUUGAUGUAGAUUCAUGAAACCUUGCAUGAGUCUUAUUCGUGAUAUGAACUUGCGCACAUCCUAUUUUUCCUUUGGGGCCGCCCCCUAUUUUUAGCCCACCAUCAUCAGAUGGUGGGCUAUUCAAAUCACUCUGCGUCUGUGGUCCAUCCGUCCGUCCGUUAACAAUUUCUCGUUAUCGCAUCUCCUCAGAAACUACUGGGGGGAUUUUGACCAAACUUUGUCAAAAUGAUGUAUUGGUACCCUAGUUAUGUCCCUCUGAAAAUCAGACUGGUUCAACAAUUUAGUGAAUUAUGGCCCUUUGUUUAUUUUUAUAAUUUACAUAGAUUUAUCUAGGGAAAAACUUUGAAAAUCUUCUUGUCCAAAACCACAUGGCCUAGGGCUUUGAUAUUUGGUAUGAAGCAUCAUCUAGCGGACCUCUACCAAGAUAAUUCAAAUUAUAUCCCUGGAGUCAAAUUUGGCCUCGCCCCGGGGUCACAUGGUUUAUAUAGACUUAUAUAGGGAAAAACUUUGAAAAACCUCUUGUCCAAAACCACAGGGCCUAGGGCUUUGAUAUUUUGUAUGUGACAUCAUCUGGUGGUCUUCUACUUAGAUUGUUCAAAUUAUCCCCCUAGGGUCAAAUUUAGCCCCGCCCCGGGGGUCACAUGGUUUUCAUAGACUUAUAUAGGGAAAAACUUUGAAAAUCUUCUUGUCCAAACCACAAAGCCUAGGACUUUGGCAUUUGUAAUGUAGCAUCAUCUAGUGGUUCUCUACCAAGUUUGUUCAAAUUAUCCCCCUAGGGUCAAAUAUGGCCCCGGCCUGGGGGCACAUGGUUCAUAAUUAUAGACUUAUAUAGGGAAAAGCUUUUAAAAUCUUCUUGUCAAUAACCUACAACAUUCAAAUUUGGACCACAUGUAUGGUUUUGCAUGGCAAGAUGAACCUUGACAUGAGUUGACCUUGAUUUUGACUUAGUGAGGUACUUUCACAUUUCUGUAGCUACAGCCUUCAAAUUUGGACUACAUGCAUAGUUUUAUGCACUGAAAAAACUCUGACCUUGACAUUGACCUACAUUUCUCAAGCUACAGCCUUCAAAUUUGGACCACUUGCUUAGUUUUAUGUACCAAAACAUACUUUGACCUUUACAUUGACCUAGUGACCUACUUUCACAUUUUUGAAGGUACAGGCUUCAAAUUUGGACCACAUGCAUAGUUCUGUUCCGAAAUAAAAUUUGACCUUGAUUUUGACCUAGUGACCUACUUUCACAUUUCUCGAGCUACAGCCUUCAAAUUUGGACCACUUGCAUAGUUUUGUGUACCGAAAUGAACUUUGACCAUAAGAUUGACCUAGUGACCUACUUUCACAUUUCUGUAGCUACAGGCUUCAAAUUUAGACCACAUGCAUAGGAUUGUGUACAGAAACAAACUUUGACCUUGACAUUGACCUAGUGACCUACUUUCACAUUUUUGAAGGUACAGGCUUUAAAUUUGGACCAUGUGCAUAGAUUUGUGUUCGAAAGUGUAAUAUGACCUUGAUUUUGACCUAGUGACCUACUUUCACAUUUCUCAAGCUACAGCCUUCAAAUUUGGACCACUUGCAAGGUUUUGUGUACUGAAAUAAAGUUUGACCUUAAGAUUGACCUAGUGACCUACUUUCAGAUUUCUCAAACUACAGCCUUCAAACUUGAUGCACAUGCAGUUUUGUGUACAAAGAACUUUGUCCUUGAAAUUGAUCUAGUGACCAACUUUCACAUUUCUUAAGCUACAGCUUUCGAAUUUGGACCACAUGCACAGUGCUGUGUACGGAUUUGAAAUUUGACCUUGAGCUAGUCAAUAAGUCUUGAAAUUUGGAACACUCAAAAAUGGCACAUUGGUGGGCACCAAGAUCACUCUGUGAUCUCUUGUUAGAGUUAUGGCCCCUGAAAUAGUAAAAAAGUUCACAUUUUCACCUUGUGACAUGCCUAGCACAAAAGUGUUUGAUAUAGAUUCACCAGGCUUAAUCAUGGUAUGAACUUGCGCACCUCCUAUUUUUCAUUUGGGUCCGCCCCCUAUUUUUAGAGUUAUGGCCCCUGAAAUAGUCAAAAAUGUACAUUUUCACCUUGUGAUGCACCUAGCUCAAAAAGUAUUUAAUAUGAAUGGUUCAGAACUUGCAUAAGUCUUUAUCAUGAUAUAAACUUGCACACCUCUAAUUUUUUGGCUGGCUCCAUCCCCUAUUUUUAGCUCGACUAUUCAGAAUAGUAGAGCUAUUGGAUUCGCUCAUGCAUCGGCGUCUGCGUCCAGAUUUGGUUAAGGUUUUGUAUGUAAGCUGGUAUCUAAGUAACCACUUGUAGGAAUGGAUUGAAACUUCACACACUUAUUCACUGUGAUAAACUGACUUACAUUGCACAGGUUCCAUAACUCUAUUUUGCUUUUUUACAAAAUUAUGCCCCUUUUUUGACUUAGAAAUUUUUGGUUAAGGUUUUGUUUGUAAGCUGGUAUCUCAGUAACCACUUGUGGGAAUGGAUUGAAACUUCACACACUUAUUCACUGUGAUCAACUUACCUACAUUGCACAGGUUCCAUAACUCUAUUUUGUUUUUUUACAAAAUUAUGCCCCUUUUUCUACUUAGAAGUUUUUGGUUAAGGUUUUGUAUGUAAGCUGGUAUCUCAGUACUUACUAAUGGGAAUGAAUUGAAACUUCACAUACUUGUUCACUGUCAUGAUCUGACAUGCACUAAGCAAGUUCCAUAACUCUAGUCUUUUUUCUUCUUCAAAAUUAUGCCCCUUUAUUGACUUAGCAGGUUUUGGUUAAAUUUUUGUAUGUAAUCUGAUAUCUCAGUAUCCACUAAUUGGAAUGGAUUGAAACUUCACACUCUUGUUCACUGUCAUGAUCUUACAUGCACUGUGAAGGUCCUAUAACUCUACUUUGCAUUUUUACAAAAUUAUGCCCCUUUUUCGACUUAGCAGUUUUUGUAUGUAAGCUGGUAUCUCAGUAUCCACAAAUUGGAAAGGAUUGAAACUUAACACACUUGUUCACUGUCAUGAUAUGACAUGCAGUACAGAGGUCCUCUACUUUGCAUUUUACAAAAUUAUGCCCCUUUUUCAACUUUUGUAUUCUUUCAGUUGACAAGGCUGUUGAAUAGUCGAGCGUUGCUGUCCUCCGACAGCUCUUGUUAAAGUUAUGGUCCCUGAAAUAGUAAAAAAAUGCACUAUUUCACCUAAUUAUGUGCCUAGCUCAAAAAGUAUUAGAUGUAAAUUCAGAAAAUCUUGCUGGAGUCUUUAUCGUGAUGUCAUCUUGCACACUUGGCAUUCUUUAUGAGAAUCUUAGCUCUUAUUACAGAGUUAUGGCCCUUGAAAUAGCCAAAAUAGUGGAUUUCUUGUUUGUGAUGCUCAUAGCUGAAAAAGUAUAGGGCCUAGAAUAAUGAAUCCUUUUCAUAAAAUGUUUUUUGAGGCUAUACCCCAUUAAGACUGCAAACAUUUGAAUUAUUGGGCAAAAUUUUCCAGUAUUGUUGAUACGAUUUUUUUCUUCCAUUACCUGUUAGAGAUUAUCUGCAGUCUGGAAUUUGUCUUGGCUGUUCUUUAUAUGAAACUUUCACUGGCUGAAGGUGUGGAUGGAAAUAUCUGACUCUAGGGUAACUGUAAAAGCAGCAAUUUACCACAAAACAUUUACUCAAGAGGGAGAUAUUUCCACCUGCACAUUCAACUAUAGAUUCCUUUUCUUGCAUACCAUAUUCUUUAAUUAAUGGAACAAAUAAGAGUAGACAAAAGAGGCACUUUUUUUUUAUAAAAGUAGCAAAUGAAUUACCACAUUCAUUCAUAAAACUUGCAGCAUUAUUGUAAUUGACACUAUGCAGUCACUUCUGGUUAGUUAGAUGUGCAGAACUGCCUUAAAACCUAACAUGUCUUGGUGUUUGUACACACAAACAUGUAUACAUAGGUACUACAAAGUAAUUGUUUGUAUUUUCAAAUAUAAAUUUGUGUCUAAUGUAUGUUUUAGUCUUUCACUAUCACAAAGCAGGAGGUUGUUAGUUUGAAUGAAAUGUUGAAACAUAUAUUUUAAGAUAUUAUUCAGAUCCAUAUUGUACAAUAAAUGAGCCGCGCCAUGAGAAAACCAACAUAGUGGGUUUGCGACAAGCAUCAUUUGAGCCGUGCCAUGGGAAAACCAACAUAGUGUAUUUGCGACCAGCAGUCUGGUCAGGAUCCAUGCUGUUUGCUUUCAAAGCCUAUAGCAAACAGAGAAACUGUUAGUGGACAGCAUGGAUCCUGACCAGACUGCGCGGACGCACAGGCUGGUCUGGAUCCAUGCUGGUCGCAAAUACACUAUGUUGGUUUUCCCAUGGCGUUGCUCAAAUGAUGCUGUAUAUAACGUUGAAGAGUGAUUUAUAUAUUUUAAUGUUAGAACACUUGCUAAUUCUGUACCUACUUCUACAUAAAUAACGUAGUACAAUUGUAUAUACAUAAUGUCAUUGAAAUGUGCAAGCAUUGUUUUUAAUAGUUGUUUUUGUUUUUGAAUUAUAUGACUGACCUACAAGUAAAGUUAGUGCUAACAAACUA